AUGUCGAGUCACAGCCUGCACCACCUGAACUGGGUUCUACCCGUGCGCAUUGUACAGGCCGUCUUUGCAAUCAUCAUCCUCGGUCUCACAGCUUACGUAAUCAACGUCGAGCUCAGCUACUGGUGGGACUCGUCCGACACCGUCAACUUCGACCUCUUCAGCGCCAUCUGGACCCUGCUGAUCGCCCUGCCCUAUCUGUCCCUCGUGCCCAUCUUCUUUUCUAGCUUGUCGCACGUGUACGCGGUCCUCGCGGUCGAGGCUGUGACAAUGAUCUUCUGGUUCGCCGGGUUCAUUGCUUUGGGUGCUUUACUGCCGCCGCCGCGCGUGUGCCAUUCGAGCCCAUGUCGGGCACUGCAGGCAGCUACGGUUUUUGCAUCGUUUGAAUGGUUGCUGUUUGCGAUUACCACGGCCUUUACCGUUCGCCUCACGCUGCAGUCCAAGAACUCGUCAUCGGUGCAUACCAAAACUUCGGGAGUCGAGCCCCAUGCUGGGGUGUAG